AUGUUUAAAAAGAGAGUGAUCAAGGAUCCCAACAGCAGCUUCAAAAGGAGGACAGCUGAGCUUGAAAACGACGUUCAGAUAGAUACAUUCUCACCGGAUGUAAUUAAAUUCAAUAAACGAUCAAAGUUAUCCAAUGCCACAACUACGUCAUCUUCGUCAUCGAAAAAGAUAAUACCUACACCUACAUCUACUUCAUCGUCGCUGCUACUACCGAAAACUCAUGAUGAGAAAGAAAAGCCACCAAAGGAUACCGUAGUAAAGUCAUCAUCGAUAAAGCCGGUGCCUCAAAAUAUCAAUAUCACCACAAUAAUGGAUUUCCAACCUGAUGUAUGUAAAGAUUUCCAACAGACAGGGUAUUGCGGAUACGGCGAUACUUGCAAAUUUCUUCACAUCAGAGAUGAAUCUAAACAAAAGAAACCAAUAAAGAAAGAAUGGGAAGAUGUAGUUGCAAACAACAGCAGCAAAAACAGUGGGAAAAGUAACAAGAUCGACGACUCGACCACUGCUACCAUACCAUUCAAAUGCAUACUUUGUAAAACGGAUUACCAGAGUCCAAUCAAGACUCAGUGUGGCCAUUUAUUCUGUCAAGCUUGCUUUUUAAAUCGUUAUAAAGUACAAAAGAAAUCAGGUUGUGCUAUAUGCAAUAAAGAUGUUGAAGGGGUUAUGAUUCCUGUUUCAAAAAAGGAGUUGAAUGAGUUGAUUGGGUGA